AUGAAUCAAGAAAUCCUAAUGACCAAGCAAUCAUCACCGACACAGAGUCAGGAAGAACAAGAACAUCCUCAACUGCAUGCCACCGUCGCGCAACAAGGCGGUGGCUCGACACCGUCCGAGUCCAACCACCAGCGCAGGAUCACCAUGAUUCCGCUCGUGUUCCUGAUCUAUUUCGAGGUGGCAGGCGGCCCGUACGGCUCCGAGCAGGCAGUCCGCGCCGCCGGGCCGCUGUUCACUCUACUGGGCUUCCUCGUGUUCCCCUUGGCGUGUGGCGUCCCGGAAUCGCUUGUCACCGCCGAGCUCACCGCCGCGUUCCCGGGGAACGGCGGCUUCGUCCUCUGGGCAGACCACGCCUUCGGCCCGCUGGCAGGCUCGCUCCUCGGCACGUGGAGGUACCUCAGCAUCGUCAUCAACAUCGCCGCCUACCCGGCUCUCGUGGCUGACUAUCUUGGUGGCGUGGUGCCGGCAGUCGCGAGACCCGGCAGGGCGCACAUGGGCACGGUGGUCGGCAUGACGCUUCUCCUCUCCUUGCUGAACUAUGCCGGCCUGAGCGUCGUCGGGUGGGGCGCGACAGCACUGGGGAUAGCCUCCCUGGCCCCGUUCGUGCUGAUGACGGCCAUGGCUGUGCCCAAGGUACGCCCGCGUCGGUGGGCGAAGCAGGUGAAGGGGAGGAAGAAAGACUGGAGGCUGUUCUUCAACACGCUGUUCUGGAACCUCAACUACUGGGACAGCGCGAGCACCAUGGCCGGCGAGGUGGAGCGGCCGGAGCGGACGUUCCCGCGGGCACUUGCAGCAGCGGUCGUUCUGAUUGCCGCCAGUUACCUGCUGCCGCUCAUGGCCGCAACCGGCGCCACGGACGCGUCGCCGGAUGCAUGGGUGAACGGCUACUUGGCUACCGCCGCAGGCAUCAUCGGGGGACCAUGGCUCAAGUACUGGACCGGUGCAGGCGCAGUAAUCUCCUCCAUUGGCAUGUUUGAGGCCCAAAUGAGCAGUGGCGCGUUCCAGCUCCAUGGUAUGGCGGACCGAGGCCUCCUCCCGUCCGUCUUCGGCAGUCGUGCCGCUCGCACCGGCACCCCAUGGGUUGCAAUCACUGCAUCAACCGCUAUCACCAUCGCCGUCUCCUUCCUCGGUUUCGACAACAUCGUCGCAACAUCAAAUUUCCUAUAUAGCCUGGGAACACUACUCGAGUUCUCCUCCAUCCUCUGGCUCCGAGUCAAGUACCCAACACUGAAGCGCCCAUACCAUGUGCCUCUGCCACUGCCCGCGCUCAUAGCCAUGUGCAUUGUGCCAUCGGUAUUCCUAUCUUACGUGUGUGUGGUUGCUGGGUGGAGGGUAUUCACCAUUGCUGCAGGGCUGACCGCGCUCGGUGUCGGGUGGCACGGCCUCAUGAAGCUGUGCAUAUCCAAGAAGUUGCUCAGUUUUCGCCUGCUUGGGGAAUCCACCGACCGUGAGUACACGCUGGAUCUCGAGGCAAUAGGUGUUCCUCGCAAGGAUCUCGCCAACCUUGACUGUGAUUUUACUGAGGAGGAGGUGCUGGCGACAGUACGCGCGCAAGGGCUGGACAAGGCGUCGGGGCCCGACGGGUUCCCGGCCAGAUUUUACGUGACUUGCUGGUCGAUCAUCAGAGAGGAUGUGAUGGAGGCGUUUGCUUCGCUUCAAAGAUUGGACUUCCGUGGGCUUACCUCCAUCAAUCAGGCGUUCAUCACAUUGCUUCCCAAGCACCCCGCCGCCUUGGAGGUUCGUGAGUUUUGGCCGAUCAGCUUGAUCCAUAGUUUCCCUAAGCUGGCGGCCAAGGUGUUGGCGAUGCGGCUCGCCAAUGAGAUGCUGGGUCUGGUAGGACCUCACCAGAGCGCUUUCAUCAGAGGACGUUGGUUGCAUGACAACUUUAUGUUGGUGCAAGGGAUGGCCAGGAAAUUGCAUGCGUCUAAGAAAGAAGCGGUGAUGCUCAAGCUCAACAUUACCAAGGCCUUCGACACGGUGGACUGGGCUUUCCUGUUGGAUGUGCUGCGACACGUGGGCUUCGAGGCCAAGUGGAUCUCGUGGAUAGCUGGCCUGCUCGCCUCCUCAUCUACUAGGGUUUUGCUGAAUGGCGUACCCGGGGAGGUCAUCUUCAAUCGACAGGGCCCGCGGUAA